GGCGUUUUCUGCAACGCGGAACCCGUUAUAACCCCUCACCACCCUAACUCACGGUGGGCGCCAUGUUGGUUUUAUUGUGAACGUACGCCUCAGAGGUGACGAAACUAUUGUGAAUGGGAAUUUCGCUACUCCCUUAUCAUGGAUGAAAUCAUCAUACCAGGGGAUAUAUAAACUUUAUUUUAGAAAUGUAAUUAUUGUGCAGCAUUAAAAACAAUAUUAAUAAAAUAAAUUGGAGAUAAUAAUAUGAGAACUCGACCCAGGUGCCGUACUUGGCUCCCACUAUCUACUCAGCAGCUUCGUUUGCGAAACCUUAUUAGAAUAGAAGGUAAAAAUAUAAAAUGCGAGGAGUCAGGCGCUUUAAUAUAUUACACACUGCAUGAAACUGUCGAAAAAGAUGCUUUUUAUACAAGCGAAUGUUUGCCCCAUCGACAGGAUCAAAAUUGGGCAGAAAUUAUAUGUCCUAAAAUAUUUAAGGCCAAUGACCAAUGUGUUUGUGUCAAAGUGUGGGCACACUUUAUAAUUAAUUUACUGGAUAACGAUUACGUUCAACAAAUUGCUAAUGCAAAUACGAAGCCAUUAAGUGCCUUGUCAAAUGAAGGAAGGUGUGCCCACGAUGAUAAGGAAAAAAUUCCGCAAUAUAAACUUCUUUUUACUUGGGGAAUAUAUCUUUCUGGUCUAACGCCAUUAAGUGAACAAUACUGUUUAAAGUUAAAGGAAAACUCUUUGCUUUUCUAUAUAAACGGAGGAUGCUUUACCUCAGCAAAACAUAUAAAUUCGGACAUAACAGUAAGUGACAAUUUCCAACUUCAGAAUGAAGUGUUUCCACAUUACGCUGAAAGUCGAUUAAAGUCAUCAAAUACAAAUAAUAUUGAAGAAGAAACUGCAGAUUUUUACAGACACCAUGUGACUGCACGUUAUAUAAUUAUGUACUAUAAAAGGGAUGACGUACGUAAUGGGUAUAGUUUGCAACAGCUUUUGAAACUACAGCAAAUACAACGAAGAUGUAUACAAAAAGUAAGAGAAAGCGAAGAUCUUACUAUUGAAAUUCAACGGAGAUGUAUGCUGUGUAUCACAAAGGAACAACUUUCCAUUCCACUAAACUCAUUUAAAAACUCAUUCACAAGGAAUUCUCAAAGAACGACCAUGGGUCGAGCAUUAAGUGAGUUAUUUUCCGAGCAACGUCAAAUGAGUCCAAAAACUUUAUUUUGUGCUCAUAAAUUGAAGAAACAAAUAGAAUCCUUGCGAUUGAAACAACGUCUCCUCCAAUCUGAGCAAAGAAGUUUUUCACUUCGUUUAAGUCAAAAAACAAACCGUUUAAGCCUUUUAAAUGAAAUCCGCCAUCGGCUUCAACUUUCUAUUCAAUCUCGUAAUCAACAGUUGCAAGGCGAAAAAAAAAAUUUGGUAGAGCAAUACCAGGAGAUAUAUUUUCUUACACUAAAAAAGGUGGAUAUCAUACAAAAUAUAGAACGGAGAAUGACAGCAUUGUGUGUGGGAUUACGUGAAAUUUAUCCGAUAGAAACAAAAACAAAUGGUUUCAAUACUAUCAACAACGUACCAUUUCCAAGUAUAGACGUAUUGAUUAAUGAUACUAAGUCACAUAAUACAAGCAGUUCGGAUAAUAUAUUACCUAUUACUUUGAGUGUUUCACUGGGUUACAUUGCUCAUUUAGUGCAGAUGAUUGCUUUUAUAUUCAACCGCCCUUUAAGAAAUGCAAUAAUACAUCAAGGUUCCCGCUCCCGAAUAAUUGAUAUCAUAAAAGAGAUUCCGUUUACGUGUUCAGAAUUUCCUCUUUAUAAUCGCUCUAUUAUACCAUCGAAGGCAGUAAAAUACGGAAUAUUUUUGCUAAAUCAAAAUAUCGCUCAGCUUUGUUACGAUAUUAUAGGACUGCGCUGUAAUAUGAGUUUGACACUUGAAAAUAUCCAUCAGAUAUUUCUUUAUCUAAGUGAGGUUCAAAUCUUGGAUGAAAAAAAUUUUUAUCGUAACAAGAGAUUCACCUUGAGCUACAAUGGUUGUGUAAAUAUGGAUAAUAAUUUACUCUCGAAUUCACAUUCAUCGAUCGAUAUAAAUAACUUUCCAGUUCCUUUGCUGACCGUAACAUCAGAAAAUUCUUUGUCACAAUUGACAAAUAGCAUGCCAUUUCCGAUUGAAGGUGGCAUCAAUAUAAAACAAAGAAUCAGUCGGUCUGUUGGUUCAUAUUCGGACUCUGAAGAUGACUUUAAAGAUAUUCGAGUGAAUGUUUGCUCCAACUCUGAUUCAAACAUUGCGAAUCCGUCUAAACACAUGUAAAAUCUUUAUGCUGCUUUUGUUAAUUAUUAGGAGUAUGCGGGAUGCAACCAUUAAAAAACAAACGCUAAUUUAUUGCACGCCCUUUUUUGUUAUUCCACUCUAUACUUAUAUAUUACAUUGUCUUGCAAUAUGCAUAUAUCUGUAAAGAAACACACUUUCAUAGAAAAAAUCAUUUUUUUAUAGGAAUUGUAAACAUGAAAAUUUAUUUAGAAUCCAUUACAUAAGGGAAGCAAUAAUUAUGUAAUUUUUAAUAUAAGUGUAAAGUUAUAAUUAAUAUCAAUCGUUUAUCAUUUCGUUAUUUCAUCUCGUUAUUAUUGAAGCUGCAGUACAUAUUUGGUGAAAAUUGUACUUAUGCAUAAAUAAUAUAUAGGUAUAUACGUAUAUAAAUAUAAAAUAAUACUUAUGUAUGUGCCUAUUUAGAUUGAUUAAUGGUGUGCCGCUAUUUCUCAAAUUUCUUUUACUCAAUCAAAAGUUGAUGGAUGGUGAUGGACCAAAUAAUAAGAAAAAUAGCGUACAUGGUGCCGCUUUUUAACUAUUUUCUGUCUCCUUAGGCCAUAUUUUUCAUUUAUUCUUAAAAUUAUUUUUAAUUAUUAUUAAUAAAAAAGACAAAUUUUUUAAGAAUGUUUAAAAACAAAAUUUAUGCAUGUAUAACUCUUUUACAGAAAGUUACAAAUAUUUUGUAUGAGUUUAAACUCAUUGAAUAUAUUAUUAAUGUAUGUUGUUUCAAAUCCCGGAAGUAAUUCAAUUAUAGAAUAUGUUUAAAUGAGAUAAGUCUCCCCUACAUAUAUACAACAUUCUACUCGGGAAAAACUGGCGAAUUCUAAUGGAACACACCACACCUCAGAACGCUCAAGAAAUUUCACCCCACACGACGACACCACCACACUCAAGCUCUGAAAACAACAUGCACAAAGACACCUACCAAAAAGGACGGGACCAUCGCUAAAUCGACAAUGAUCCUGUGUAACGCAUUCCUUCCCCCUCGCGAAAUUGGUUCUCGCCGCAUUCUUACGACAAGUACUCAAUUCUAUUGACAUCGGCCUCAGGAUUCUAGAUUUAUAAUUUGAACUUGUUUAUAAUAAAGUCUAAGUCAAAUAAA